CGCAGGACGGUGUUGGGCAGUCCUAUUCUUUUCUCCCUUACUGUUCUAGUUCUGAUUAUUUCCUUAUUAAUAUCUCUGCUUUUUCUUCUUAUUUUGUUUUACUCUCGUUUCCAUUUCCAUAAAGAAGCAAAAUAACCUCGCAAUAUUAACUGUGAAUAUGGCGUGGGGUAUCCUGGAAGAUACUAAGCUUGCUGAAGUUCCCGGGACCACUCUGUUGGACAGAGAGCCCGAAUCAACGCAAAGCUUUGAAGAUGCCAUACUUAAGACGAAAGACGGAGUUGUAUUGGUUCCCCAACCGAGCGACAGUCCGAACGACCCCUACAAUUGGUCUUUCAUCAAGAAGAAUGUGAUAAUGAUAACACUGGCCUUGACUUCUGGAGUUACAACAUCACUCGGCCCGAUGAUCUCGCCUGGGUUGGAAGUAGCUUCUCAAAUGUAUAACGUUUCUUUGGAUCAGAUCUCAUCCUUGCUUAUUGGACUCUUCUUGCUUGUAACUGGAAGUGCAACGUUCUUUACCGCAGCCUCUGCCACGGUUUGGGGAAAGCGGCCAGUGUUUGUGAUUUCAGCAUUUGCGUUGUUGAUAACCAAUGUUUGGGGUUUCUUUUCCAUGAACUUCGUCUCCCUCGUCGUCAUGAGAAUCGUGCAAGGAUUGGCCUCCGCUCCUUUGGAAACUCUGGUAACCUCGACCGUCUCAGAUAUCUUCUUUGUCCAUGAAAGGGGUCAGAAGAUUGCCAUCUGGGGAGUAAUGAUUGCAUCUGGCGUCCUUCUUGGGCAAGUUAUCUCCGGUUACAUAAUUGAGAGUCUGGGCUUCCUUGCCACAUUCGGUGUCACUGCUAUAAUAUUUGUCUUCCUAGUGCCGGCAAUCUUUUUCCUUGUCCCUGAGACUGUUUAUAUCAAAGGAAAGAAGCUAGACGAUUACGAGAAAGACACCGAAAGCAUCAACAAGUUCGAAUUGAAUGAACCACCGCGACCAUUCACUAGUCAGCUGCGAGUCUUCAACGGACGAUUGUCGGACGAGAGCUUCUGGAGAUUGGUCAUUAAACCCCUGCCUCUCGUUGCUUUCCCUGCCGUUAUAUUCAGUACUCUUGUCUACGGCUCAUUUAUGACAUGGCUGGUCACUUUCGGCGUCCUCUCUGUCAACGUCUUUAGCUCCCCUCCCUAUAACCUUAACCCAGCUCAAAUUGGUCUCACCAAUAUUCCACUGCUCAUUGUGGCUCUCAUCGCCAAUCCUCUCUCUGGAUUUGUCGCUGACAGGAUCUCCCGGUUCAUGGCGCGGCGCAACAAUGGUAUCUACGAGCCUGAAUUCCGUUUGACACUGAUGAUUCCUGCUACGAUCUUCUCCACGGUAGGAUUCAUUGGAUUUGGCGUCAGCGUAUCUCAAGGAGCGCCUCUUGCUAUUGCCAUUGUUUUCAUGAGUUUGCAUUCGGCGUCGGUUGGGUUCGCUAGUACCGCCAGCUUUGCUUAUGUGAUUGACUGCCAUCCACGAGACGCGAACCAAGCCUUUGUCACCAUCAACUUUAUGAAGGCUGUUUUCACAUUCUUUGCCAGUCUCUUCGCCAAUGGAUGGUACACUGCUAGUGGCCCGCUCGUGGUAUUCCUUACAAUUGGGAUUGUAAACUUGGUGAUAAGUUUGACUACCGUUCCCAUGUACAUUUUUGGAAAGAGAUUCAGAAGCAUGGUUGCUCGGAGCCCAGCACUUAACAAGCUAUGAUCAUCCCGCUUUCAUCAUAUUUAUAUGUCACGAGUUAUACUAUACUCUCUAAGGUGCUGGCCACCAUUCAUUCCUUGCCAUAUCACGUCCAUUCUUCUCAGUCUCAACACUGAGAAAUACAAAUAAAUGCGCAUAGUUUCGUGAGAUACUCCCUAUCUACUCAUUUUCACAGAGAAAUGUUGAACCGCAAGCCUCGAGGCCUGCCAACAUAAAAUUUACUCAUGUGUCGCUUUUUUGUAUGAUAGGAAUGGAGAAUAUAAAAUUAAUGUUCGCUAUAAGCUACUUGGUAAUGUCAGGACACAUACUGUCUUUGGCAUUAUCUAGACUGGCAAUAAAUCAACUAAGCUUAUGACUUAGUCGACCUGGUGCUGAUUGGGUUAUGUGAGUUACAUCUG